AUGCUUAACAAGCUCUCCAGAGUGUGGGCCAUACUGCUGGCAAGGCCUGCCUGUGGCAGUGGACCGAACGCGUCUGGAGAGUCGAAAGACAUCAGUGUAAUCACACAGCAGUGUGUCAAACAGGAAGUUCAGGAUGAGGGUUCGCAGCUGGACUACCCGUCGAUGGAAAAAACGAUACUGCAAACAUCACCCUCACAGAGCACCGAGCUGAAGCAGAAGCCAUCUUGCGUCUGUCAUGGAUCUCAUCAUCACGGCUCUCGCCACUCGGUGGGCAGGCUGAGCAGGGAAGGGGAGGCUAACAGGACCGUGAGCCGAGCCUCGAGCCGCAAACCUGCAGCACCACCACCUCAGGACGGCUGCUGCGUGUCUCUGCUGCUGGCCUGCCUGUCGUGCGAGGUGGCCUCCCUGGGCGCUGGCCUCCUCCACCUCUGCUCGUCCUGCCUGGCAUGGCUCUGCUGCUGCUGUGGGGACUGCACCUGUGGCGGUGAGGGUGGUGGUGGUGGCGAGGGCUGCUGCGAGGGCCUGCAGGGCAACGGUGCGGAGGACCUGCACUGCCCACUGCACUGCUUCGACAACUGCCAGGGCGUGUUGCUGGAGCCCUGCUGCGAGCCUGUGCAGUGCCUGGACCUCUGCAUGGAGUGCCUCAAGAUCUGCCACUACGGCUGA